CUAUAUCUUAACUAAGAAGCAUAACAGAUCACACUCAAAAUCAAAUGUAAAACAUUUAAAAAUGGCUUUGUCAAGUCUUCUGCUGAUGCCCAUCAAACCCUCUCCAAUUCCUUCAUUCCAAUUCCAACAUUCCUCGCUCUUCUCCUCCAGAAAAACCCUAACCCCAAAUCCAAAUCCCAAUCACAGGCCAGCCACCCCACUCAAGAUGUCGACCACGGUCCGGGCGCUGAACCUUCAAACCCUCCUAUCCGAUGCAGUCAACCUUAUUCAGUCCUCCCCUCCUACGUGGCACUCCGCCAUUUUCAGCAACUUCGUCAUCUUCGUUUUGGGUUCCCCGAUUUUGGUCACUGGCCUCUCGCUUUCCGGCAUUGCUGCUGCUUUCUUGCUCGGCACUCUCACUUGGCGCGCUUUUGGCUCCUCUGGUUUCCUUCUUGUCGCCACAUACUUCGUCCUUGGCACAGCAGCAACAAAGGUGAAAAUGGCACAAAAGGAGGCUCAAGGAGUCGCUGAGAAGAGGAAAGGAAGACGAGGACCUGGCAGUGUUGUUGGUUCCAGCACUGCUGGUUGUAUAUGUGCUUUUCUCUCAAUAUUUGGAGUAGGGGGAGUGGCUUAUUCUCGACUUUGGCAAUUAGGGUUUGUUGCCAGUUUCUGUACUAAGUUAAGCGACACAGUUUCAAGUGAGAUAGGAAAGGCAUAUGGCAAAACAACGUACCUAGUUACAACAUUUAAGGCAGUUCCAAGAGGUACUGAAGGGGCUGUUAGUGUUGAAGGAACCUUUGCUGGACUUUUAGCGUCAAUUCUUCUUGCAUUUGUUAGCUGUCUCAUUGGUGAGAUAAAUGCACCUGAAGCUGUUAUAUGCGUAAUAGCAUCCCAAAUUGCUAAUCUUGGCGAGAGCAUAAUUGGUGCUGCGCUUCAAGAGAAGGAAGGAUUUCGAUGGCUCAACAACGACACUGUGAAUGUCAUAAACAUAUCAAUGGGCAGCAUUUUGGCAGUGUUGAUGCAGCAAUUUGUCCUUCAAAACUGGCGGAUGUAACCUUUAUUAGGCCAUUCCCGGCGGGCAUCACUUCGGGUGUCUUGACACUGUGCCAAUGCCAACAAGUGCUUAAAGAAAUCAGUCACUAAAGAAUUGCACUAAGGGCAUUGUAAAGCAUAGUUGUCAAUGUUAGUCAAAACGGUGCAACACUGAUAAUACAAGAUAAAUGUAAAUCUUUUUUCUGUUCUUUUUUCACUCUGUCAUGGUAAAAAAAGUUCCACUUAUUCACUGAAACAUCUCUAUUUUUUUCGAUAAGGUGAAUGUUUAAGUGGUAAAAUAAUCUCAGUAUUGAUUAACUA